AUGAAGGUCGUCGCUAUCCUCUCCCUUGCCGCUGUUGUUGCUGGAGCAAACAUCAGAAACCACUUUGAGGACGGCUGCAGAGGCGGCUACAUCAACUACCCCAACAUUGCCCAAAGAACCUGCGCCCUUGGCCUCCAUGAUAAUAAUACAAAGGGCUCCGUCAGCAUCGCUUUCUCGGCGUUGCCCCAGCACUCAGCUGUUUAUGGCUGGCAGGGCAACCGUAGCGGGAACCUCUGUGGCACGAUCGCAAAGAAAGACAACGUUGGAAACACCGACCACAAGUGCUUGGGCUCACUGUCCGGCGGCUCCCAGUAUGCUGGUAGCAGCUGGACUCAGCCUGGAUUCAACCUGAGAGGUGCCAAGCAGGAUACCACCUGCACGGCUAAGGUGGCACCUCACUCUCUUGUCCUGAACGAUGGACACAAGUACAUUCUCGGCGGUAUGGAGGAAGAUAUGAUGAAGUCCCUGUACGAUUUGGCCGUCAAGGGAACCACUUCUCAGGAAUUGCCAAGCGAAUAUGCGGUAUUUGAGAUUGAAAAGGAGAGCGUCGAGCAGCGCGCUCAGGAUAUCCAGGCUUAG